AUGGCCGUUCGAUAUUCAGCAGAGUUUCUGCUGCACCUGCGCCAAUCGCCACUAUGUGUGAAGCCCCCCGGUUUACCUCCCGCAGAGGAGUGGAUGGGGCCGCCGCCCGAGACAUUCCGCAACCAAGCCAAGGCGCCCAACGACCGCAUCAAGAGCGGUGACGGUAUGCUCCUCAACAACGAGGCCCGGCGUCCGGCGUUAGACCGCAAUGGCUCAAGGAGCACAACCAGUAUGUCUCUUACCUUGCCCCUCUCGAACGCCCAAUCAGAUCCAGAUGAGAUGAUACUUGGUCCGCCGCGGACGAGCUUCGCAUCUGCGACAUCAGCGCGCAACAAUCGAACCGGCGACGCUGACAAAGGGUUUAAAGACCCGGAGCGGCAAGACCGUACCGAUCGUUUCAAUUUCCGCAGCCGCCCCACUGAAUCGGGGGAUGCUGGGGACAGAUUUGGCCGGGACGGCAGAGAAAUUCGCAACAAUGGCUUCCGGCGACGUGGUGACCAAGAUCAGGACAGCGAUGGAUGGAGCACGGUGAAGCCUCGUAAGAGCUUUGGCCACGAGGGUGCCGAGCGCUUCCAUGGACGCAUGGGCGGUGCCGGCGGUGACCGUUUUGGCGUGCGCGACGAUCGGCGGUUGCGGGACCGGGAUGACCGAGAUAGUGGAGACCGCCGCUCCCGCAAUUUCAGAGACCAGGACGGCGAUGAGGCCGACACGCUUCGCAGGAAUGGGCUGCCGCGGGGCAAGUCUGACUCGUGGUUCAAGGAUAGCUCGAACGGCGGCAACAAUGACGCCCCAAUGUCUCAGCGGGAGCGCAUUGAGAGGGCCAAGAGCUGGCGUGACCGUGACCCCGACGACAGGCUUGGUGACAGACAGGGUGAUCGCUAUGACAGGAACUACGAGAGACGAUGGGAUCGCCAGCCCCGCGUCGAGAAUGAGCCAGAAUGGCUUGACGAGCCCGCCGAGGAAAAGGCUCAAGGCCAUACAGAGGAAGAUUUCAAAAAGUUCAUGGAAGCCAUGAAGGCGGCCAAAGGGGGUAGUGCGCCAAAACCUGAAGAGAAGAAGGGAAUAGCCCUCGACAAGCCUGCCGUGGAUGCCGUUCCCGAGGUCGAACAGAAGGUGGUCUCGGCGCCUCCCAUGGAGACAAGUGAAGACAAGUUCUUUGCCACUUAUGGACACUCUAGCCUUGAUGUCAGCGUAGCCGCGGGCGAGGGCAAGGAUGCGGUUAAGCCGAAGGGAGGAAAGUCGUCCCGGUUCAUGGCACUGAUGACGUCUCAAGAGGACAAUCGUGCAAAGACCGAGCCGGCGACGCCGGCAGCAGCACCUCAACCCGGCGAUAGCGCUACGACAAGUUCGCAGCAGAGCGAAACCGAGAAAGUCGCAUUUGCUCGCCUUUUGCAGCAGUUACAGAGGUCGGCAAUUUCCCCGCAGCCUGCCGCCCCCAAGUUUCCAGAGCCUUCACCAUUCCAGGAGCUACAACAGAAGAGUGUUGCUACGCCUCCGGAAACAUUCCAGCAAUAUUCCAAUGAUAGGCGCGACGAUGGGCGCAUGCGCACGUCACAGCCCUCGAUUAAUGAUAUUUUGUCGCCUCGGCCAGUGGGCCCGCCAGUCCAGCCUCCCCCUGUUAGUCGUCCAGAGCAGGCGCUGCAAGACCUCCUCGCUCAACGACACCAACUACCCAACCAGACCACCACACGCCUGGCGCAGAACGCAGCUGCUGUCAACAGCAACACUGAAUUUCUUAUGCGCCUCAUGCAGAGUCAUCGCGACGCUCCGGAGCCGCCGCGCACGGAGCAGCUUCUCGUCCGAAUGCCACAACCCACCAAGCAGGUGUCGCUCGCGAAUAUCCCUGACCGUGAGCAGGACUAUCAGCGUGAGCGGAGAGACUCGCAGCGCCAGCAGCUUCGUGGUCAGGGCGGCGGACCCCCAGGCUUUCUCGAUGAUGGCGGCAACCAGUUCCAUCCACCGGACGUUGACACCCGUCCGCCACCCCAACCGACCCAGAUCCUACAGCGACCUCCACCCCCUCUCGGCUUGGACCACCAGAUGCACCCGUUCCACAUGGGGGGAGUCGCCGCCGCCGCUGCAGCUGCCGCAGCCCAAAUGCCUCCACAGCGACCCAUGAUUCCACCCCCAGGGCUCAUGAAUAACAGUAACCCACCCCGCAACAUCAACGUCCCCAUGCCUGGCAUGUACGCGCCUAAUUUUCCACCUCUCCACGGCCACGGCGGACCGGGCACCUUUGCCCCAGGCCCGCACACCGCCGGCGGUGGGCCGGAGGGAAUGGUUGGGCCCCCUCACCCUCAAGGUCCCCCCGGACCCCCGCAACAGAGCGGCCCUCCUCGGUCGAUGCAGCCACCGCCGGGUUUCUUUGGCGGGCCGCCUCCGCCGGGAUUCAUGCCCCCGCCUCCUGCUCCUCCUCCCGGUAUGGGUGGCGGCGGUGGUGGCGGCAGCUUCCACCAGCCUGACGGUCCGCCGAACGGACCUCCGAUUGCCGGCAACAUGGGGUUCGGCUUGCCGAGCCCGUUUGACAGGCUGGACAGGAUGGCGGGCCUUGAACGGAGGGGGAUGAUGCCCCCCGGCGGGUAUCGAGGGCCUUGA